UGGGAAGGGCGGGGACAGGGGCGGAGGAUGGAGGCGGGGAGGGCCCCGGCUCGCCGGCGGAGGCCGAAGCCCGGCAGUCGCCGGGAUGAGCUCCGCGGAGGACGCGGGGCCCAGGAGCCCGAGGAGGGACCCGGAGCGCCAGGUUACCACCAAAGAACAUGAUUUUGGUCUAGGGGCUCCAGUUUCUGAAGCUGAAAAAUACCAGAAGACUCUGCAGCUAGAACAAGAAGUGAGAAACCAAGACAGAUUCAUCUCUACACUAAAAUUACAGAUUGAAGACCUCACACAGACAAAUCAUGGCUUAGAAGAAUAUGUUAGGAAACUCUUGGAUAGUAAAGAGGUGGUAAGCAGUCAAGUAGACGACUUAACCAGCCACAAUGAGCACCUUUGUAAAGAAUUGAUUAAAAUUGACCAACUAGCACAGCAACUAGAAAAAGAGAAGAAUUUUGUGGUGAAUAUUGCUGACAAGGAACUUGAAGAAGCAAAGAUUGAACUCAUUUGCCAGCAAAAUAACAUAAUAGUAUUGGAAGAUACUAUAAAAAAGCUUAGAUCUAUAAUUUUAGAGACUGAAAAAGCACAAAAUAAAUCUCCUUCCAGACUUGAUUCCUUUGUCAAGACUUUGGAAGCAGACAGAGAUUACUACAGGAGUGAAGCACAAAAUUUGAGAAAGAUGAUCAGAAGUAGAUCUAAAAGUCCAAGACGCCCAUCACCAUCUUCCCGGGGUGCAAAUUGUGAUGUAGAGCUUUUGAAGUCAACAACAAGAGAUCGUGAAGAACUUAAAUGCAUGCUGGAAAAAUAUGAGCGUCAUUUGGCAGAAAUUCAGGGUAAUGUCAAAGUUCUUACAUCUGAGAGAGACAAGACCUUCCUUCUUUAUGAACAAGCACAAGAGGAAAUUGCCCGACUUCGACGAGAAAUGAUGAAAAGCUGUAAAUCUCCUAAAUCCACAACAGCACAUGCUAUUCUACGGCGAGUAGAGACUGAAAGAGAUGUAGCCUUCACAGAUUUACGAAGAAUGACCACAGAACGAGAUAGUCUGAGGGAAAGGCUAAAGAUUGCCCAGGAGACAGCAUUUAAUGAGAAGGCUCACCUGGAACAAAGGAUAGAGGAGCUGGAGUGCACAGUUCAUAAUCUUGAUGAUGAACGUAUGGAGCAAAUGUCAAAUAUGACUUUGAUGAAGGAAACCAUAACUACUGUGGAAAAAGAAAUGAAAUCACUAGCAAGAAAGGCAAUGGAUACUGAAAGUGAACUUGGCAGACAAAAAGCAGAGAAUAAUUCUUUGAGACUUUUAUAUGAAAACACAGAAAAAGAUCUUUCUGAUACUCAGCGACACCUUGCUAAGAAAAAAUAUGAGCUACAACUUACUCAGGAGAAAAUUAUGUGCUUGGAUGAAAAAAUUGAUAAUUUUACGAGGCAAAGUAUUGCACAACGAGAAGAAAUCAGCAUUCUUGGUGCAACUCUCAAUGAUAUGGCUAAAGAAAAGGAAUGCCUGCAAGCAUGUUUGGAUAAAAAAUCUGAGAAUAUUGCAUCCCUUGGAGAAAGUUUGGCAAUGAAAGAAAAGACCAUUUCAGGCAUGAAGAAUAUCAUUGCUGAGAUGGAGCAAGCAUCAAGACAGUCUACUGAAGCCCUAAUUAUGUGUGAACAAGACAUUUCCAGAAUGCGCCGACAAUUGGAUGAAACAAAUGAUGAGCUGGCCCAAAUUGCCAGGGAAAGAGAUAUCUUGGCUCAUGACAAUGACAAUCUCCAAGAACAGUUUGCUAAAGCUAAACAAGAAAACCAGGCACUGUCCAAAAAAUUGAAUGACACUCACAAUGAACUUAAUGACAUAAAGCAGAAGGUCCAAGAUACUAAUUUGGAGGUUAACAAGCUGAAGAAUAUAUUAAAAUCUGAAGAAUCUGAGAAUCGGCAAAUGAUGGACCAACUUCGAAAAGCCAAUGAAGAUGCUGAAAGCUGGGAAAAUAAGUCCCGUCAAUUAGAGGCGGACAACAAUACCCUUAAGUUGGAACUUAUCACUGCUGAGGCAGAGGGUAACAGAUUAAAAGAAAAAGUAGAUUCCCUCAACAGAGAAGUUGAGCAACACCUAAAUGCAGAAAGAUCUUACAAGUCCCAGAUUUCAACCUUACACAAGUCAGUCGUAAAGAUGGAAGAGGAGCUUCAGAAAGUUCAGUUUGAAAAAGUAUCUGCCCUUGCAGAUUUGUCUUCCACAAGGGAACUCUGUAUUAAACUUGACUCUAGCAAAGAACUUCUGAAUCGACAGCUGGUUGCUAAAGACCAAGAAAUAGAAAUGAUGGAGAAUGAGUUAGAUUCUGCUCGUUCUGAAAUAGAACUCCUCAGGAGUCAAAUGACAAAUGAAAGGAUCUCCAUGCAGAAUCUAGAAGCUUUGCUGGUGGCCAACCGAGACAAAGAGUAUCAGUCUCAGAUAGCACUACAAGAAAAAGAAUCUGAAAUUCAGCUUCUUAAGGAACACCUUUGUUUGGCAGAAAAUAAAAUGGCCAUCCAGAGUAGAGACGUGGCCCAGUUCAGAAAUGUCGUAACGCAAUUGGAAGCUGAUUUAGACAUUACCAAAAGACAAUUAGGGACAGAGCGAUUUGAAAGGGAAAGGGCUGUACAAGAACUUCGCCGCCAAAAUUACUCAAGUAAUGCUUAUCAUCUGAGUUCUACAAUGAAGCCAAACGCAAAAUGUCAUUCACCAGAACGUGUUCACCAUCGAUCUCCUGACCGAGGCCUGGAUCGAUCAUUAGAAGAUUGUCCCAGGACCAUUCAUUACAAGCUCUCUGAUCUGGUGAUUCAAGUGUCUUUCUGGACUUUCUGUUCCAUUGAUCUGCAUAAUCAUGUGCCAGCCCUACACCAGUUAGAUUAUGGAAGCUUCAUGGAAUCUUUGCUACAGAGAUUUCUGACACGCGAAAAGAUUCUUCACAUCCUUGGAAGAGUCAAAGUUACAAACUGAUUUUUUUGCUAUAUGAUUGCAUUUAUCUUUUGAACGCGUGAUGGUGUUAAAUGUUUUUAUUAACUUUGUGCCUCUGAAUCUGUUCUCAUGUGCCAUGCCACAGUGAUCCGAGAUGACUUAUAAAACAAAAGUGUAUGGCUCUUUCUAUCCAUACAGUAAUAGUGAGUGUAAAAUCUGCUUACUUCACUAUUGAACACUGUUUUGUUAACUAUCCAGAGUAAAUAAAGAAACUUAAAAAAAAGAGGGAAAAGUGUUUUUACAAAACUGAUGUCCUUUCCUUUCUUAGUAUCUCAAAUAAUUGGUUGGUUAGAUUUUUUUUUCAUUGUGAUUUAUGCUUUCAUGGCUAAAUAAGUUGUGCCAAAAUAGGCACAGUUUACCAAUACUGGCCUGGGACCCAAUAUUCCAUUUUGGAACCAACCUGAUAUAAAUUCCAUGCCAUAAUCUGACUUCAAAGCAGCAGAAAGUAGGAGUGUGUCAGGGUUUUAAAUCCAUACUGUUGUACCACUCAAAGACUAAUAAACAUACAUUUUCUACAUUGUGUUUACUCCUGCUAUUUUUAGAAAGGUAGGUGAUGAUACAUCUGUCAAGAAUGUAAGACUUUCAAAAAUCUGUAUUUUGAAUAAGUUUUCUUUAAAACAGUAAAGUACUACAAUCAACUUAAUUGCCAUUUAAUUAUAUUUUUUGCCUGUGGCAGCUGUCUGUAAUCUGGAAUAACAAGUUCAGUGAUGUUUCCCUUUUUUCCCCUCUUAAAAUUUCCUAAAUUGCUUAUCUGUCCAUAGGCUUUUAUUUAAUGUUGAUAUUAGAGCCUGAAUGCUACUGUAUUUUACUGAUAUAAGCUAUUUGUAUUCUUGCCAUUUUAAUAAA